AUGGCGCUCGCGGUGGUGCUCGGCACGGUAGGGCGGCUCACGGUGGUGGGUUGCUCGAUCGAGGUUCACAAGCAGCUCGUUGGCGUCGCGGCUAAAGACGAAACUCCUUGGCUCGAUGGAGGGUCGACGGCUGCAAGAGGAAGACACGAUGAUCCAGCAAUAUCACGCGUCGUUGGGCUCGACAAGGCUAGAGCAAAUCGGCACAAGGUCAGCAGGAUGCGAAGCGAUGGGUCUGGAUUCUUUGAGAACUCGCUGGAAUCACUCCUGGACGCUCGAAGGCUCGGUUCUCGUUUGAGAGAGCAGCAGCAAAUCAGCAGGAAGCAGAACAGUGUCAACAAUAUGAUCAUCACAGGGGAUGAUCUUGAAGAAAUUGCAGACCUUCAAGGGCGGUUAGCCAAUGAGUUUGAGAUGAAAAAUUUGGGAGGCCUGAAAUAUUUUUUGGGAAUUGAAGUAGCCAGGUCAAAGGAAGGUAUUUUCUUGUCUCAGCGAAAGUGUGUGUUAGAUUUAUUAGCUAAGGAUGGAAUGUUGGAGUGUAAGCCUGCCGACACUCUUAUAGUUCAAAAUCAUAAACUUGGAGAGUUUCCUUAUCAGGUGCCUACCAAUAAGGAUAGAUACCAAAGGUUAGUAGGGAGACUAAUAUAUUUGUCACACACUCGUCCUGAUAUUGCAUAUGCUAUAGGGGUUGUGAGCCAAUUUAUGCAUGCUCCGAGUGAAGAACAUAUGAAUGUUGCGGUUCGGAUUCUGCGCUACUUGAAGUCAGCUCCAGGAAAAGGGUUGUUCUUUGCAAAAAACGGUCACCUUGAGGUAGAAGGAUUUACGGAUGCGGAUUGGGCCGGUAGUAUCUUUGACAGGAGGUCUACGUCAGGCUAUUUCACAUUUGUGGGAGGAAACUUGGUAACAUGGAGGAGCAAGAAGCAGAAGGUUGUAGCCUUGUCAAGUGCUGAAGCAGAAUUCCGAGGGGUAGCUAAAGGUCUAUGCGAGCUAUUAUGGCUAAAAAUGUUGAUGACAGAACUUGGUUUCCCACCUGAAUCCGAGAUGAGAUUAUUUUGUGAUAAUAAAGCUGCGAUUGAAAUUUCUCACAAUCUAGUUCAACAUGACUGUACUAAGCAUGUUGAGGUGGAUAGGCAUUUUGUCAAGCAGAACUUGGAUGCUAAGGUGAUGAAGUUUCCAUUCGUUAGAUCUGAAGAUCAGUUGGCGGAUGUUCUUACGAAGGCCUUGUCGAAUCGAGCUUUUCACAGCUCACUUGUCAAGCUGGGUAUCAAAGACAUCUUCUCACCCGCUUGA